AUGAAAGAAAACCAAAUGACAUCCAAAAACCAGCACACUAUGGUCAACAAGCUCAUACUAUCUUGUAUUUUCUUCAUUUUUCUCUUGUACUUGAUACUGAGAGCAAACUCCCCAUCUUUCAAGCUAAAAAACAUAUCAAUAAGCUCAUCAACUCAUUCAACGUGCAACAAGAUUCCACCAUCUCUUGCUAAAUCAUUACUCCACUAUGCCACUACCAAUAGGACACCCCAACAACAGAUGGACGAAAUAUCGGUAACAUAUAGGGUCCUUGAGAAGAAAUCACCAUGCAAUUUAUUGGUCUUUGGACUUGGAUUUGAUAGCUUAAUGUGGCGUUCAUUCAACCACAAUGGUCGAACCGUCUUCAUCGAAGAAAAUCAACAUUGGAUCGACAAAAUUACUAAAGAAGUACCUUCUUUAGAAGCUUAUCAUCAAACUUAUGACACUAGACUUGAUCAAGCUUCUGAACUUCUAAGUAUAGGUAAAAGGGAAGAUUCAUGCAAAUUUGUUGGUGAUCCUAGAAAUUCUAAGUGUCCACUUGCCCUAACAAAUUUGCCAAAAGAAGUAUACGAAAAUGAAUGGGAUUUAAUCAUGAUUGAUGCACCAACAGGUGCAGGUUAUGAUUUACCAGGGAGGAUGAAAGUGAUAUAUACUGCUGGAUUAUUGGCUAGGAAUAGAGAAAAUGGAGAAACUGAUGUGUUUGUGCAUGAUUGUAAAAGGUAUGCGGAAGAUAAGUUCUCUAGGAAUUUUCUUUGUGAGGGAUACAUAAGAGAAGAAGUUAGAUAUCUUAGGCACUUCACCAUCCCAAGUUAUAGAAGUGGUUCGAUUAAAUCCUUUUGUCCUUAAGUCCUAGCCUUGUUGAGGGUCAAAUUUUAUCCCACCAAAUUGUUUUGGUCUGUUCUGUGGUCUUUUAAUUACCAUAUAAUUUCACGUUUGGAAUGACAUAUUGAGUCAUUGGAUGCACGAAAGAGGGGAGCGGAUAGCCAAAAAUACUUGUAUUAAGUUUUUUUUUUGUUUUGUUUUUUGUUUUUGUUUUAUGUGUUCUUGAAAAGAUUUGGUGUGGGUUAAUGCAAAUUUUGUUGGAAUGAAAUUAAUUCCCUUGUGGAUUUGCUAACCUUUAAGUGUCUUAGAAAUGUCAUCUAUUUUUGUGUUUUUCCAAAAUUUAUUCGAAGCUGAAUCAAUCGCCAACUAAUACUUCUUCCUAAUAGAUUACUAAUUGUUUUCUAGAUUGUUAGCCUCUUGUGUGGAUUUACGUUUUCCACAGCUUAUUUUCUUGCAUAAAGGAAAUCCAUAUAUAAAGAAAAUAUUUAAUUACUUUAAUUUCUAAGGAAACUGUUACU